AUGGCUUCCAAUACCCAUGAUUCGGCAUUCUCAAGUCGCUUUAGAACGGCAACUGUCUCACUGGGCGCACCUACCCAACACGAUCUCUCAAAGAAACUCAAAGCUACUGCAAGGGCUGGCUUCAAAUAUAUCGAUCUCUUCGAUGAGUGCUGGGCAUUUUACCUCAAGUCUCACGGACAAGACGAGACGAAGUUAUGGGAUGCUACUCCUAUCAAUUUAUCUUUGGCGAGAAACCUGGGCAUGGAAGUUAAGGGUCUGGGUAUGCAAAUUGUGUGUACCCAGCCUCUGCGUAUGAUCGAAGGUCGACGAGAUCCUAGAGAGAGAAAGGAACAGCUUGAGCUAGUCGCCAAGCGAUUUCCUUUUAUGCGUGCUUUCGACACAGACCUGGUUUUCAUGUGCUCCAGCAUAGACAAGGAGCCAUCAUCCACGCUGGACUACAAGACUAUGGCGAAAGACUUGGCGGAGAUGGGAAGGAUGGCAGAGGAGUUUUCUGUCGCUGAUGGAGGUCGAAUGCUCAGAAUCGGUUACGAAAACUUAUCGUGGGCGCAGCGCAAUACCUGGUCCUCGACCUGGGAAGUCGUACGCGCAGCCAACAGGCAUAACGUUGGGCUCAUUAUAGACUCCUUCAACCUCUUAGCCGUGGAGUUUGCGGAUCCAUACAAUCCGGAGGGGCAUAGUAGAAUCUACUCAACCCCGAGGGAAUCCCUGGAUGUUUUGCGCAUGUCACUUGCAUCCUUGGUUGCAACUGUUCCGGGCGAGCGCAUCUUCCUCUCACGAAACCACAGACUCUAUCCGCUAGAGACCGAGAGAGGAGGAUACAUGCCGGUAGAUUUGGUUGUGGCUGCAAUUUUGGCAACUGGUUAUCAGGGUCCGCUCUCCAUUGAGGUUUUCGCUAGCUCCCUCCAUUCUAUGGACCCUCAAGUACCAGGACAGCAUGCUGAAAGAGGAAUUAAGAGUUUAAAGAGACUUUGCGAGGCUGCUACUCGCGUUGAACCUUUCUGGUCGACAAAGGCGGCGGACUCUCCGGCAUAUAAGCUAUAG